AUGUCUCUAGACAUAAAGAAAACGCUCCAACAGGAGUUCAACUCGUUCAAAACACCGCCAACCAAAGAGGUAGCUCCAGUGCCCCAGGUCGGCGCACAGGCUCCCGAGUCGCCACAGCUCAUCCUACCCCGUGACAAGCCAAGCAUUAUCUUCUUCCUACGCCAUUGUGGCUGCGCCUUCGCAGAGAAGGCCUUCCGGUCUCUGACCAAGUUCUCCUACAAGCACCCAGAGAUCCACUGCGUGGCCGUCUCGCACUCGUCCCGCGAAGCCACGGACGCCUGGGUCGUGCAGGUGGGCGGCGAGUGGGAGGUCGACGUGGUCGUCGACGAGGGGCGGGAUCUCUAUGCGCAAUGGGGGCUCGGCCUGUCCUCGUACUGGCACACGAUGGGCCCCAAGGCCGUCUACUCGGCGUACCGCCUCGGCGUGGAUGAGGGCGUCUGGAACAGGGCUACCGAGUCCGGCUCGAGAUGGCAGACGGGCGGCGCUUUCGCCGUCGAUGAGAAUGGCAUCGUCAAGUGGUCGCAGCCGGCCAGGAACGCGGACGACGUGCCUGAUCUGAAGCAGAUCUCGGAGGCCCUGCAGCCCCCAGCGCCGAGUUCGUAA